UAACAGGAAGGUACAGACGGGAAGAGAAGCAGUCACCAUGGGGAGCGUGAACGUGAAUCGCAACGUCAGCGAUGCGUUUUAUCGCUACAAGAUGCCGCGGAUCCAGGCGAAGGUCGAGGGCAAGGGUAACGGCAUCAAGACCGUCAUUGUGAACAUGGUCGACGUGGCGAAAGCCAUUGGCAGACCUGCCACCUAUCCUACAAAGUACUUCGGCUGUGAGCUUGGAGCACAGACCCAGUUUGAUUUCAAAAAUGAACGAUUCAUUGUAAACGGUUCACACGACGCCAUUAAAUUACAAGAUCUGCUGGACGGUUUCAUUCGGAAAUAUGUACUCUGCCCGGCCUGCGAUAAUCCUGAGACCGAGCUAGUCGUAAGCGCGAAGAAAUCGACUAUCUCGCAGGGAUGCAAAGCGUGUGGCUAUCACGGAUUAUUGGAAAGCAACCAUAAACUGAAUACCUAUAUAUUGAAAAAUCCACCGAGUCUGAAUCCAGCAGUCCAGGGCAGCUCAUUGACGGAGGGGAAACGAGGUAAACGUUCGAAACGAGCGAACGGUGACACCACUACUACCACCACUACUGCCACCGCAAACGGUGACCGAUCUGGUUCUCCGGAAAACGAGACUAGCGCCAAAGACAUCGUGGUUGAGGUUCCCGAGAAAAUUCCCGACGAGGAAGGAGACGAUGUUAAUUGGGCGGUUGACGUCUCGGAAGAGGCGGUCAGAGCUCGUCUGCAGGACCUGACAGAUGGAGCGAAGGGAAUGACCAUCAGCGAUGACCUCGAUAAGACUGAAAAAGAGAGGAUGGACAUGUUUUAUAAGCUAGUUAAAUGUCGUCGGGAUGCUGGCCAACUGGACAACCAUAAGGAGCUCGUCGCUGAGGCUGAACGGUUAGAGAUCAAGAUGAAAGCGCCGUUGAUCUUGGCUGAGUUACUCUUCGAUCAAAACAUUGCUGCUCAAGCCAAAAAGUACCGAGUACUGCUGCUUCGUUUUACCCAUGAUGAUACUAAGGCACAGAAGUAUUUAAUUAGAGGAAUCGAGCAAGUGAUAGCUUUGCACAAGGAUACCUUGAUGUCUAAAGUACCCGGCAUAUUGAAGCUAUUUUAUGAUGCGGAUAUUCUGGAGGAAAAAGCUUUAUUCGAGUGGUCGAGUAAAGUCACUAAAAAAUAUGUAUCAAAAGAUUUGUCUCAAGAAAUUCACGAUAAAGCCGCGCCGUUCAUGACUUGGUUAAAAGAAGCAGAAGAAGAGGAUUCAGAGUCGGAGGAAGAAGACGAUGACUUAGAAAUUGAAUACGAUGACAGAGCUAAACAGUCGUUAAAACCACAACAAUCACCGACUGUGCAGAAGCCUGCUGCAGUUAAUGCAGACUCGAAUGACGAAGAUGAUUUUGAUAUUGAUGCCAUUUAAAGAUGAAAAGAUGCUCAGUAGUCGGACAAUAUUAUAGAAAGAAAAAGAUGGAAAAAUGCGUCCGAUAAACAAUGAUUAAGAAUCGUUUCUCAGAUGAUACAAAGAGUCGCAAUGCAAUCUCUUAUUAUACAUAGUAUUUUGUUAUUUUAGGCCAAGAAGUGAUUGUAAUGCCAUUACGAUUUAUGAAAAAUUUUAACUGUUUCCCGAGUUUAGCAAUAUUUAUCUGUACGAUAAAGAUACUUUUAAUUGUUUUUAAAUAAGGUAAUUACGAAUUACCUGACAUCAUUAUUCCUAAUUAUUAUUCAAAGGUUUUAAAACAAUCGAUGCUUCUAUACCUUGAUAAUGUGUCUCUUUUAGAAAAAGAAACAAAAACGAUAUUGAUAGUUCUCCACUGUUACUGGGAAGUUGGCCUGCUAAAAGCGUUCUCUAUUGUAUCUAUUUACUAUUCAAAUAAUAAUUAUUCAAAUAAAUAUGGUUUACUGCAAUUUA